AAGGUUGCUGUGGCAGCACUGUUGCGCCAUGUUGAAUAGAAACAGGGAAUUACCCAUGUUCAAAACAGAAGAUUGAGGGCCACUCGAUAGGUACAACAAAACAUUCAGUGAAGAUGAAAGUCCCAUGAAAAGGCAUUUUAUGUGUUAACCGUGCACGCAAGUAAAUACCAUGCCUUUUCCUGCAAAUCAAGUGCAAACGUCUCAACCGUCGCAAAAGCAUUAUGGCAUCACGUCUCCAAUCAGCCUGGCCCUGCCCAAAGAGGUGGACCUGGCACUCACCCGAAAGCUGACGGAGGCGUUGAAACCUUACGGCGUGUUUGAGGAAGAGCUCGAAUUACAGCGCAGAAUUUUGGUUUUAGGCAAAUUAAAUACACUGGUUAAAGAAUGGAUCAGGGACAUCAGCGAAACAAAGAACUUGCCCAUGUCUUUAAUUGAAAGCGUUGGAGGAAAAAUAUUCACAUUUGGCUCCUACAGGUUAGGAGUUCAUACAAAAGGUGCUGAUAUUGACGCUCUCUGUGUUGCCCCACGCCACGUGGAAAGAAUUGACUUCUUCUCUUCAUUUUAUGAGAAGCUGAAAGAACAAGAAGAGGUCAAAGACCUGAGGGCUGUGGAGGAAGCAUUUGUUCCAGUAAUAAAAUUAUCAUUUGAUGGCAUUGAGAUUGAUAUUUUGUUUGCCCGGUUAGCCCUGCAAACAAUUCCUGAAGAUCUGGAUUUGCGUGAUGAUAGUCUGCUCAAGAAUCUGGACAUCCGUUGCAUCAGGAGUCUUAAUGGCUGCAGAGUGACUGAUGAGAUCUUGCACUUGGUACCGAACAUUGAGAACUUUAGACUUACCCUGAGGGCCAUCAAGCUGUGGGCUAAGCGUCACAACAUCUACUCCAACAUCCUUGGCUUUUUGGGUGGGGUGUCAUGGGCCAUGCUCGUUGCCAGGACCUGCCAACUGUACCCCAAUGCUGUGGCAUCCACACUAGUGCACAAGUUCUUCCUGGUCUUCUCAAAGUGGGAAUGGCCAAACCCAGUCCUUCUGAAGCAGCCUGAGGACUGCAACCUCAACCUCCCUGUGUGGGACCCUAGGGUCACCCCCAGUGACAGGUACCAUCUGAUGCCGAUCAUCACACCAGCCUACCCCCAGCAGAACUCCACCUACAAUGUGUCUGUGUCCACCCGGGCUGUCAUGAUUGAUGAGUUUAAACAGGGUCUUGCCAUCACAGAUGAAAUUUUGCAGAAUAAAGCAGAGUGGUCCAAACUAUUUGAAGCACCAAACUUCUUUCAGAAAUACAAGCAUUAUAUUGUGUUGCUAGCGAGCGCUCCAACAGAAAAACAGCACCUGGAGUGGGUCGGCCUGGUGGAGUCGAAAAUUCGCAUUCUAGUAGGGAACCUGGAGAAGAAUGAGUUCAUCACACUUGCACAUGUGAACCCACAGUCAUUUCCAGGUCCCAAAGAAGACGCUGAGAAACAAGAGUUCAACACGAUGUGGGUCAUUGGGAUCGUAUUCAAGAAAAUGGAGGGCUCCGAAAACCUCAACGUGGAUCUGACGUACGACAUCCAGUCUUUCACAGACACCGUAUACAGACAAGCAAUAAGCAGUAAAAUGUUCGAACCGGACAUGAAGAUCACAGCCAUGCACGUGAAGAGGAAACAGCUUCAUCAGCUCUUGCCAAACCUGGUCAUACAGAAGAGAAGGAAGCACUCGACGGAGGGGGUGCGUCUGCUGAACGAGAGCAGUCUGGACCUGUCCCUGGACAGCGACAACAGCAUGUCCAUCCCCUCGCCCACCGCUGCCCUGAAGAGCUGCCCGCUCAGCCACGCCUCCAAUCCGCCGGGUCCUGUCCCUGCUCUGACCGGCCCUUCGGACCCCCAGGCCAAGGCUGACGCUGUGGGACCUGCAGACUCCUCAGGAGGCGUGUCCAACGGGCAGAAGUCCGGCGGUCCUCGCGCGGCGGCCUCCGCUCCAGCGGCGAACCCCUCCCCCCCUCUCGCCGGACCUCCCACGCCCAAGCCGGCGCUGAAGAGGACCAGCUCCCCUUUAAUGGAGGACAGCGGCAAGAGGCCCAGACUGGAGGAGGACCCAGCAACAGAAACGGACAGCACUGCAGUGGACUCUGAGGCCACAUCAUCUGUAGAGCCGAUGCAGAGUGGUGAAGACAUGAGUCAAUCUCAAGAUGGAGAAGGGAAGGAUCCGGAGGACAAAUUCACAGCAUCUGUUCCAGUCACACAGAGAGUGCUGAACACAGAUCUUUCUGAUGUACCCCUUCUCCCACCAAACCCCAUUCCAGUGGUGAAGAACUCUAUCAAGCUGAGGCUCAGCCGGUAGAAAAACAACGCAUCUCACCAAGUCCCACUAAGUAUAGACAGUGUCAGAAGAGGGCAGCAGCUAUCCAGUGCUGCAGAAGAAACAGUGGGUAAAUCUACGAAGGAAUUCAUUGCAGUUCUAGAUUUGUCCGCUAGAUGGAGGCGCAGCUCUUUCCUUCUGACUUAUUCAGUGGCAUUAUCCCAAGACCGGUAGAUUUACAGGAAAUAAUUCAUACGUAUGAUGUCAUACUUUCACACUGUUUAAUGUGACUGCUAUAGAUAUGUGUUUGUGAUUUUUAUUUCAUUGUUUAUGUUGAAACAGGAAAAAAAAUCAGUCUAGAGCAGACCUUAAUGGUGGAUAUGUUCUGUGGUAGCGUGCUUUAUUUUGAUGCAGAUUUAUGACUUGGUGUGGGUUUAUGGCAUCAACAGUCAAAAUUGAAUUGAGUUUCACGCAGCAGCUGCAGCUAGUGAUGACCACUACUUGUCUAAGAGAAGUUCUGAUUUAAGAUGGAUGGUAAUAUUUACAAGGUUUGCACUGUCAGCUGUUCUGUGCCUUUGGGAUGUUUACGGGGGUAGAUUUGUUGAAGUAAUAGAAAUAGCCUCACUAAUUGAAAUAGCUCAGGUUUGAGUAAAUAACUUGACCAAAAACAUCUUCAGAUAUUUCUUUUGUUUAAUGUAGUUUUUUUUUUUUUUUUUUUUGAUGGAGGAAAGUUAAUCCAACCACACGUAGGUCCAGAUUAUUCCCAACAAUAACUGAAGACUGACAUAACAGAGUUUGAGUCGAAGAAAACGAUCUGUAUAACACCAUUUGAAAUAAUUUGCUUUGUACUUUGUGUUGUACAAAAUAAAUGAAUUUUCUUUGAACGUUA